CUAUGCCCCUAUCUGAACUCGCCCAGUCUGGCUCGGGCAUCCGCUGAGUUAACUACCCUGAAUAAUUUUUUCAGUGUUUUGUGUGUGUGUAGUGUUGUGAUUUCACUCCCUUGGAUUUGUGGUUGUGUAUAGGUGACACCGAGAACGACGUCAGAUUAGAUUAGAUAAGAUGUAAUUCGCCGGACGUAUAGCAUUCGUGACCAGAAAAAUGCCGAACAAAACCAGUGCAAUGUGUAGAUAACAGAAGUGUGUUCGGUACUGCAGUUAUGCUUUUAGGAAAGUGAGAGAAUUAUGAUCACGUGAGCGGUUUCCGUUGUGAAGUGUCCGUUUGAGAAUAAUGAUUAGUGCGGUGUGAAAAAUGGGCUGCAAGUUGGGGAAAUUAGCGGCGUCUGAACGCCAGAGGGGGGAUCCCGCCCCGGCAUUGAGCGAUGGGCCCCCCCCAGCCACGGACCCUAGGCUCCCGUUGACGGCUAAGCAGAAAUAUUCCAUGCUUGCGUCAUGGAAAGGAAUUUCAAGGGCGAUGGAGAAGACUGGAAUCUGUAUGUUUAUAAAAUUAUUUGAAGAGAACCAAGACCUGCUAAACAUGUUCGAGAAAUUUCGUCAGUGCAAGACCAAAGAGGAACAAAUCAAUUCAAUGGAGUUAGCGGAACAUGCCAACAACGUUAUGAACACUUUGGACGAAGGCAUCAAGGGGCUGGAUGAUUUGGACAACUUUUUCGAGUAUAUACACCAAGUCGGCGCCAGCCAUCGGAAGAUACCGGGAUUCAAAGUCGAGUAUUUUUGGAAAAUCGAAGCACCGUUCCUGGCUGCCGUCGAGUCUACGUUAGGAGACCGGUACACGCCAAACGUAGAGAACAUUUACAAAAUAACAAUUAAAUUUAUAUUAGAAACCCUCGUCGAAGGUUUUGAGAAGGCUGGCAAAAGCUCGUGAGCAAAGAUAUAAGCCCUAAUGAUUUUAAACCAUGUUAUAACUUAUUCGCUGAGAAAAAUAUUGAUUUAUUGUAUCAAACAUCGAUAAUUGUUGAUAAAGUUGGUACAAUGAGACGAAUGUCAAAAAAAAAGAAGUCAACUGAAAUGGUUUGACUGAAUAAUUUUGAUUAAGUAAAGACUCGCUUACCAAAUUUAAUCCUUAACAAACCUUGCAUAUUAAUGGAAUAAACAAAGAACCGUUCCGAAACCUCUUUGAAAAUAUUCAAAUUUUACGUGCCAAGAUUGUAACGUUGAAAUGGCAAAAAGAUAUUUUGAUUAUAUGAGGUUAUAACUGUCAUUGUUGUUUAGGUGUCUGAUAAAAAUAAUAAUAAUCAAAUUUUCUGGGGAUAUUUAGAUAUGGCGCAAAAAGUAAGAACAGUAUAAUUCUAGUCGUCAACGCAAUGUGGAAUUAAAAACGUCAAUUUGUCAAGAACUGUUAUAAAAUAAUGGACUACAUAAAUGUGUAUAAAGUGAGUAAUAUAAACAUUAUGUAUAGGAAUAUGUUUUCGUUGCAAUUGUUAGACAAAUCAUAAUAAUUUAUAGCAUUUAGGCCUUAUGUUUAAUUGGAGUAUGAAAUGUUGAAGUUGUUUUAAACUAUCAUUUAUAGAACGCUUAUUAAUAGAAUAUAAUUUCAAUAAAGUAAAGAAAUAAUAUGUAGUUUAUAAUAGGUAUAAAUGUGCGUGUAUUAUUAAUAUAAAUAAACAUUUAUUUUGAUGUAACAAACGCUUGUUAAAGUUAUAAUUGUAUUAUUUGUUGUUAUUUAAUGCACUUAUAUGGCUGGUCCAAUAUUUUAGGAAUUAAUAUUCUUUUCUUAUUCGAUUUUUAGAAUAUAAAUUGCGUCUUCCUGUGUGUUUUAUUAAUAUCUUUUCUACUCGUAUUUUCUUUUUUUCUUUGGUUCAGAUGUAAGAGUCAUUGUAAUUUCGGACCAAGGGUCUUAUCAGAAGCGCAAACGUAGCACAACCUAAAUACUAUUUUUGAAAUACGAUUUAAUAUAAUAUACCUUAAGCAAUUGUGAAGAAAAAUGUACACGCAAAUAUUUUUUAGACUUGAAUCUCAACUCGUUGAUAGCACUUUACAAAACAGAUUUUUAUUACAACUUUACAAUAACAAACCAAUAGUUAUUUUGUAUAUCGAAAUGUAUUUCAAUCCGAUGUAGUAUUAAGCGCUUAAAAUUUAUAUCAGAAACAUGAUAUUGAAUUGUAAAAUGUGUACAGUUUGGCAGCAAAUUAUCAAAAUAUCAUCAAGUUAAAUUCAAUUUCGUCAACAAAACUUUAGUUGUAAAAUUACACAAUCAAACGAGUUUGUUAAUACUCGUAUUUUAUUGAGUAAUAGUUGUACAUCGUUGUUAAGGUCUGUUGCGCUUAGUACUAUGAAUAUUUCAGUUACAAGAAAAAGAGCCUUUACAUUAUUAUUCUUUUGUGUGGCCUUCGGAAUACUCGUACGAAUCUAACCUGCCCGCUGUUCUCGAUCGAUCGGAACUCGAACUUUGUAACUUGCAAGUUAUAAACGAUUCUCUAGCAUAUUCCAACGUCGAUAAAAAUGACAGUUUGAUAGUUGUUUGACAUGGAGAAAAUAGUUUGAACAACUUAGAAAAAUGUUGAUAGAUGAAAUUUUUUUAUAAAAUUAAACCCUUAUUGCUUUACUGAAAUUUUGAUUGAUUGUAAAUGAAAGGCCGUUAAUGUAGUAAUAGCUAUUCCUACUUCACCUUAAGGAAAUCUUUCUACUAUAGAAUUUUCACAACGGGAUUGAUCAAAUUAAAAUCAUUUUCAAUCAAUCAAGAUCCUAUUAAGUCUACUGUUGUUCUUUCUAUUUUAUUUUUCAGGUAGGCACUAAUGAUGUUAUUAUCUUCUAUUUUUUUCAUCGUAUUGCAAUUUUUUUUUCGAAUAAUUUUUAUUGUAUUACUUAAUACAGAACGUGGUCUUUUAGACUUUUUAAAACUGUUAGUUCUGUCCACUCCGCAAGGGAUAUAAACGUGUCUGGCGAGUAAUACUUAAAUGUACAGACAGUAUAAAUUUCAAUACAUUUUGUCUAUAGAAAAUGUGUUACGUUCUACAUUUCUCAACUGGUAUGUGUCAGUAGAAAAUUGUAAAUCCAGCCAGUAUUGUUAUUUAAAAAUCAAAUGAUGGACUACUCUUUUAACUUAAAUGUAAUAAUGUAUGUAUGAUUGUAUUUAAAAUUGUAAUUAAGAUGAUUGUAAUAAUGAUUGUGUGAUACAAUUCGAUAUUAACGCCAUCUAUCGCCACAAAAGCGAGAGUGUCACAAUUUUGAAACGGCCGUGUUGGGCGGGAGUUUAUAUUAAUGUAAUUAAUAAUUUAUUUAAGAGAUGAAUGUGUUGUAACAAAUCGUCGUUUAAGAUCUGUGUAAUGAAGUGUUAAUUUGGUUUUAAAUAAAAAUUAUUUAAAAGUGAA